AUGUCAUACAGGCAAACACCAACUAUUGUUGUGCUUAAGGAAGGAACCGAUGCAUCACAAGGCCGUGGACAGAUUAUAUCCAACAUCAACGCAUGUUUGGCAAUUCAGGAUACAUUGAAGACAACUUUAGGUCCAUUUGGUAGUGAUUUAUUAUUAGUUGGUGGCGAUGGCAAAACAACCAUUACUAAUGACGGUGCAACCAUUUUGAAGAAAUUAGAUGUUGUCCACCCGGCAGCUAAGAUUUUAGUUGAUAUUUCAAGAUCCCAAGAUUGUGAAAUUGGGGAUGGAACUACGUCUGUUUGCCUGUUGGCAAGUGAAAUUCUAAAACAUUGUAAACCGUAUAUUGAAGAGGGUAUGAGUAGUAACUCCAUUGUUAAGGGGUUAAGAGAUUCUGUUCAUUUAGCAGUCCAGAAGAUCAAAGAGUUGGAGAUCAACUUGGACGAAAAAUCAGUUGACGAUGAAUACGAUAUGCUAAUUAAAUGUGCAUUGACCGCAAUGAAUUCGAAGAUUAUUCAACAGAAUGGGGAAUUUUAUUCUAAGUUAGUUGUUGACUCGGUUCUUACCUUGGAUAGAGAUGAUUUGGAUGAAAACCUCAUUGGUAUAAAGAAACUUCCAGGUGGUGCAAUGGAGGAAUCGUUAUUCAUCCAAGGUGUCGCAUUCAAGAAGACAUUCUCAUAUGCAGGGUUUGAGCAACAGCCGAAGACUUUCCAAAAUCCAAAAAUUCUGAACUUGAAUGUCGAACUAGAAUUGAAAGCUGAAAAAGAUAAUGCAGAAGUAAGAAUCAAUAAAGUGGAAGACUACCAAAAGAUUGUUGAUGCAGAAUGGGAAAUUAUAAUGGAUAAACUAAACAAGAUUGUUGAGAGUGGCUGUAAUGUUGUUUUAUCAAAGUUACCGAUUGGUGAUUUAGCAACCCAAUUUUUCGCAGAUAGAGGAAUCUUUUGUGCUGGAAGAGUGUCAAGUGAUGAUUUGGAACGUACACAUAAAGCAGUCGGUGGUUCAAUUUUAACAAGUGUCAAUGACAUCAAACCAGAACACGAUUUAGGUACCUGUGAAAAGUUUGAAGAGUUGCAAAUUGGUGGUGAAAGAUACAACAUUUUCAAUGGCUGCCCAUUAACAAAAACAUGCACACUGAUUUUACGUGGUGGUUCAAUAAAAAUCAUUGAUGAAAUUGAGAGGUCAUUACAUGAUGCAAUCAUGAUUGUCAAAAGAGCUUUAAAGAACAAACAAAUUGUCGCUGGUGGUGGUGCUAUUGAAAUGGAAUUAAGUAAGUAUUUAAGAGAUUAUUCACAUCAAGUCAAAGGCAAAAAACAAUUAAUUAUUCAAAGUUAUGCAAGAGCUUUGGAAAUCAUCCCUAGGCAAUUAUGUGAAAAUGCAGGCUUAGAUUCUAUCGAAUUGUUAAACAAGUUACGUAGUUUGCACGCUAAUGGUGAAAUAUAUGCAGGUUUAGAUCUUGAUUCUGAUAAUGUUGCAAAUAACCUAGAGAAAUUUGUCUGGGAACCAUCGGUUGUGAAAAUCAAUGCAUUACAAAGUGCAACUGAGGCUGCAAUUUUAGUUCUUAGUGUUGAUGAGACUAUCCAAAACAAAGACAGUGAACAAGCAUCUGCUGCCCCAGUACCUAGGGGAAGAGGUAUGCCAAUGCCUGCUGGAAUGUGA